AAGUAUUAUAUAUCAUUCGAAAGCUUAUUGAAUAUACUUUAUUAUGCAUUGCUUAGUUUUUGAAAGUUUUUAAUUUUUAAAUGGUAAUAAAGCAUGUUGCCAUUACUUUUGGAACACCCUUAGUAUAAUCUUAAUAGUUAUCAUUUAAAUUUUAGGAUCGUCUGCGUUGACAAGUGGUCAACGUGCAGUAGUAAUACGAUCACAAACACAUGCUGCUGAUAAUGAUAAUCUGCAAAAUACUCAAAUAGUGGUUGCGACACGCAAAAGACAUCAUGGCAGUACUUUCACGGUGACUGAUAAUGCCGGUGAACGUGCUGCUACUCUUGAUGAUGAUGAAGGUGGUUACACCACGAAUUUUGCACGUGAUGAUCCAGAUCGAAGUACUGUCAAAAAAAGGCAAAAUACAUAUCAACAACGACAACAACAGCAGCAGCGAGAGAUGAAAUGA